AUGGCUUUAAAACUUUUGCUUGUCAUUCUAGCUUGUCCAAUUAUCACUUCUACUAUUGCUCAAACCACCGUACCAACAGGUAAUGGCGUAAGCUUUCAAUGCUCCUGGGAUCCUUCAGCCAUACAAGCAUUCGCUGGUGGAAGUUAUUGUGAUUCCUACUUAACCAGCAAAGCUGGAAGCCAAUGGCCGUUGGCUAACGAAGUCCCGUCGGUGAUAUCUAUCUGGUUUGCAAUUGGCAAGAUCCCAGUUCGGCGGGCAAUUAGUGGAUGUAGAUAUAACGCUGGUGCCCCCUCCGGGGAUACCUUUGCCACGGGUAUAAAGUACAAUAUAGGUGGCCUGGGAUUUCAGCAGAGCUGUCCUGUCGUUCAGGCGAAUAAACCGAGACCAAGUCCAGGUCUUUAUUACAAGAAACGUUUUGGACUAGUCACCACAUUCGCUUGUCCCAUCAUUCAGGAAGGAGGCCCAUAUUACCUCACCAAUACACAGUACAGUCUGUCUUCUACUGGGCAAAAUUAUAUUUGCACUUAUCGUACUACCUCUCCAGGCCAGUUCCAGUGUAGAUACGAUGCAAACGGUCAGCUUUUACCUAACAGCGCUACCGUACCAGCCAAUGUAAAUUGUCCGCUAUCGCAGUGUCAAGCCGUUCAGCCAUACAUGGGAAAGAGAGGUCUACCCCAGCCGGCCGACAAAAGGCAAACUUCCAGAGAAAGAAUCAUUGCGAGACAAAAGGAGAUUUGGGGGACGUUCGCAGAAGAGCGCCUCUGA